AUGGCACUCUCCCUGCCGAAGAUCGGCAUCCUCUCCAUCGGAGACAUGGGCAUGGACAUCGCCAAACUGCUGGUCUCGAGGGGUUCCUCGCUUGGCAGUCAAGCAACGAUUGACAGGGCCCGAAGCGCCAAUGUCGAGGUCCUGACGUCUGACCUCCACCUGGUGCAGUCGCGACCCUUCAUCUUCUCUGUCGCGCCGCCGAGGGAUGCCAUGAGCAUCGCCCAGCGCAUCCUCAAGGCUUCACUGGGAGCAAAGCUUGAGACGCCGUUGUAUUUCACCGAUCUCAACGCCGUAUCGCCCGCUACAUGCAAGCAGAUCGCAGGCAUGUUCGAAGAGGCCAAGAGCCCUGUCCGCUUCGUCGACGGAUGCAUCAUCGGCGGCCCGCCAAAGCUCAAAGAUCCCAGCGGCGCAUGGUACGUCCCAAGCAUGCCAACCUCCGGCAAGCACGCUCUCAAUGAUGCGUGCCCCGAGCUCGCCCAGACUCUGAACAUGCGCCACAUCUCCCCAGAUGUCGGCGCAGCCAGCGGAUUGAAGAUGUGCUUCGCGACCACGACGAAGGGCUCCAUGGGCCUCGGGAUCCAGGCCUUCACGACCGCUUCAGAACUAGGUGUUGUCGAUGAGCUGCGGAAAGAGAUGAAGGAGGCCGCGCCUGGACUGCUUGAUUUUGCCGAGAAGUCUAUUCCUUUGGUGCCGCCAAAGUCCUACCGUUGGGUGCGCGAGAUGGAGGAGAUCUCGGAUACUCAUCGUGAUGAGGGUGGCUUCCAGAAUAAGGCCGACAUCUUCAGAGCCAUGGCUGAGCUUUACCAGGCUUUGGCGGAUGAUGCUGUGUUGGGUGCCGAGAAGGUUGGGAAGAGGACAAGGGGUGACCGUUGA